UCUUGUAGCCAUUUGCAGAUCUCAAACCCUAACAAACGAAUCUAGUCCUUUGUCUCAGGCAUAUACAGAGAAACAAGAUACACCAAAUCCUUGUACUCCUAUACUAUAAUUCUACAUGUUUCCUCCAAUCCCAAAAAAAAUACAGAUUUCCUUUAGUUCAAACCAAGAAAACGUAAUUGUAGAAGAUAUGAUCCUGGAUCAUGUUGCAGUUGAGGGCACUAGCCCAAGUCACAAAAAUAGCAAAUCAAAAUGUCGACAGAGAAAUCCACUUUUGAGAGACCAAGAUCAUGAUUAUACUACUGAAAAUCAUAACAAAAGAACUAUGCAUAAAGAUAUUGAAAGACGAAGAAGGAGAGAAAUGGCCACUCUUUAUACUUCGCUAAGAAAUCUACUCCCUCUUGACUACAUCAAGGGAAAGCGUGCAAUAUCAGAUCACAUUCACGAAACAGUGAAAUAUAUAAGAGAGCUGCAGAAGAAGAUUAAACAACUUAGUGUACAGAGGGAUGAGUCAAAAGAAUUGUCCAAUUUGAGGCAUGGGACCUCGAGUGAGAAGUUGAAUAGUAGCAGUACACCAACUAAUUAUGUAAUGGUCCGCUCAUGCUUUAUUGGAGUUGAGGUUGUGAUUAAUUGUGCCUUUGGCGAUCAAGUUUUUCAUCUAUCAAGAGUACUUCAGUUGCUAAUCGAAGAAGGGCUGAAUGUUGUCAGUUACACAUCUGCCAAAGUAAAUGAAAGAGUCAUAAAUACAAUUCAAUCGAAGGUCAGAUACAUGACAUACAUUGAUAUAUCCGAGCUGCAACGUUCAUUAAUUGCAGCAAUUCCUUUCUCGGCUCCUGCAAAUUCCUAGUAUAGUGACGUUCAAUCCUACAGCAUAAAGGUAUAAUUGUAAUAUAAUCUAUAAAAGUUUUAGUUGAAAACAUGGGGUAAGUUUUCUUCACUUAUUGACGCCGUUCUUUAAUUUGUCCUUGAGAUGUUAAUUAAUUAAAUGGAAAUAUCUGACAAUAUAUAGUAGAUUUCUUUAAGCAUC